GUUAUCGAGUGGAGAUGGCUGGAGUAUCGUCUGUUUAUAUUAUUUUAUUUAAUAUAAUAUUAUUUGUUAUUCAACACGAGACAAAGACUAUCCAAUACUUUAGUACCGAGCGGCCCAGUGUAUAUUUUUUAGAUACCCAGCAUAUUGAGUAUUUCAAUAUCUCGUCCCGGCGGCACGGUCGAAAUGAUCCGUUCUAUUACGUCGACAUUCAUUUAUGUUUGCACGUCGCCUGGGGAAACAAUUAUACUGUUAGCUUCUAUUUCUACGAGUUUCUGACCAACCAGUACAAGCGUGGUUUUAUCGAAAUGCACACCAAAGUAUGUGAUUUGAUCCAUAAAAAUAAUUUCUUUGGCGCUCCAAUGAGGAAGUAUUUCCCAUCAGAAUGUCCCAUUCCUGGGGGCGCCUACCAUCUGUACAACAUGACCAUUCCCAUAGAACAAGUGCCGAGGGGUUUCCCAUUCACCAAAGGGCUAUUUUUCAUCGCAUAUUUACAUUUCUUGAUUAACUGGGGCAAAUGCAGUAUAGAACGAGCUUUCACUAGAUGA